AUGAAUGAAAGCUGUGAAAAGCUCAACAGUUCUCUCAUUCUUCCUUUCAGUAAGGACUAUGAGUUCUGUUCAAAUGGUGUGUAUUUCUAUUGUGGAAAGAUGGGUUCAGGUAAGACAUUUAACCUCAUUCGUCAUAUACUCAUAACAGAACGUUUAGGAAACGACUCUUACUAUGACCAAAUCAUUAUAUCAGCAACUUCAGACUCUAUGGACUCAACAGCGAAAACAUUUAUGUCAAAAGUUCAAGCCUCUGUCGUUAAAGUUCCAGACAGUGAACUCAUUGAAUUUCUUCAACGUUACAUUCGACGUAAGAGGAAAUAUUAUGUCAUCGUUGAAUUUAUACAGUCAGGAAUGCAAAAGACUUCAGAAGAGAUGGAAAGAAUUAUUGACAAACACCACUUACGUCAGUACUCAGGAGUUUACGAUAUGAAACGACUGACAAACUACAUUCUAUCAAAACUUUCAAAAUACCCCUUCAAAAAGUAUCCUUCAAACACUCUGCUCGUUUGUGACGACUUCGCCGGAAAAAGGUUUAGUGUCAAAACCAGACUCACCAUUAGCUAA